CAUCACUCCUUCUCGCCUCACCUAGUGGUGCUGUCUGAUUUCUGCCACAACCUGGACCACCACCACCACCACCACCCGUCACGGCACCACUACCACGAAACCUCACAUAAGCACCACUGCGUUGAGUGAGAGGAGACAAGACUACGAGGUGACGUGGUUAAAUUAACGAGCUGACGAGUGUAAUGAGUCGAAUACUAAAUCCUUGCGUGUGCUUCAAAUGGCCAAUGAUAAGAUGGCGAUAUAUUCUGAUGACGAUAGUGAUGAUGUGCGUGAUGAUGCUGAUGGUGAUGAUGGUGAGUGUGAGUCGACUGCCGACGACAACGAGGGUGAAGAGGACUAUUGAGAAUUAUAAGCCCUACAUCCCAAGCAGGCCCAACCAGAUCCGCAUAGGCGUGCCCCCAAACGUUCCUCGACACUUCCUGAUAGAGGAGGCGGACGCGUGCACACGGAGGGGCGACGACUUGGAGGUGGUGGUGUACGUGCACUCCGCCAUCAAGAGGGUGGAACAGCGGCGUCUGACGCGACUCACCUGGGCCAACUCCAGCGCCCUCAACAUGGCGGUGGUAUUCAUGGUGGGCCGCGCAAAGAACACCCAGGAGAAGAACAUCGUGCGCCGCGAGAGUGACCUGUACCACGACAUCGUGCAGGGUGACUACGGGGACCACUACCACCUUCUGACCUACAAGUCGCUCUCUGCCCUCUAUUGGAUUAACAAGCACUGCGCCCACGUGCCCUGGACGCUCCACGCGGACGACGACCUGCUCAUCGACACCCACGUCCUGCAGAACUUCAUCGAGGAGUUCGACAGCAGCACAGACAGGAACAACCUGCACUGCAGACUGCUGAAGACGCAGCGCGUGGCCAGGAAGGGCCGCUGGAAAGUUAUGCAAAAGGAGUUUCCUGCCAGACGAUUCCCGCCCUUCUGCCAGGGCAUCCUAUGGCUGCUGCCAACCAAGGAAGUGUCCAAGCUACUGAAAGCGUCUGCCAAGGUGAAGUGGCUGUGGGUGGACGACGCGUACGUCACCGGCCUGCUGCCCAAGCACAGCGGCAUGAAGAUCUCCGGCAUCCCCAAUGACCGCUUCGGCAUCGCGUCAUUCUCCGACAGUGACGUGGGGAAGAAGCUGGUGUGGUUCCACCUGCGCGGGAUGAACCUGACGCAGCUGUGGUCUGGCAUCCAGAACCACUACUACAACACCACCGAGGAGUCGUGACUGGAGCGCACAAGGGGAACCUCACUACAAAGAGCCUCCACCUCGCUGGCCACGCGGCGACCCGAGGCACAGAGGCAGCAGGCCACAGAAUCACACAGCAGCACACGGCACUGAACUAAAGGCCAUUGCUGUCUGGCGGAUGAAGGCGUCGAGAGCAGCACUGACAGACGGUUGCGCUGCACUCAACACUCCCUUACAGCAGCGACUGAACCUGUAUGGUUAACCGCCCAAUUCAUCUCAAGGCAUCAUGUCUGUUACCCUCACAGCAUCAUGUUGUUCCCUGCAUCUCUGACCUACACCUUACUGAUGCAUCCACCUCCGUGACUCACGCUAUCACGCUCACCACUCCACCCUCACUUCUUAUCACUUGCACACUCAUUCACGCUGCAUCCCAUUCCUCAGUUCACCUCACACUAACACCAUGAACGAAUUAACACAGUCACAUUGUCAUUCACUCUCCAUAUGUCACAACCAUACACAAACGAGCACUAUCACUUACAUUCCAUACCGUAUCAUACUUCACUUCACCAUUCUAAGAUAACAUUAUACAGGUCUGGGCGAAAAUAGCAGUUGUGUCACCGUAAAUCUGAUAAGAGGGGCAAAGUACAAUAUGAGCAAUAAUUUAAAGAUGCUAAUGCCACAAAGACGAUGAGAAUUAAUGAAGUGUGACGUCAUUAUAAAAAAAGUGCUAUAGUAAUAUUUAUUUUGGUUAAAGUGAGAAGUUUAAUGGAUCAGAAAAAGUAGAGAAGUACUGAUUCUCUCUCUCUCUCUCUCUCUCUCUCUCUCUCUCUCUCUCUCUCUCUCUCUCUCUCUCUCUCUCUCUCUCUCUCUAUCUAU